GAAAACAUAAAGAAAUUCGACUCCGUCUCCAUUUUCUGUUGUUGUGACAUUUUGGUAAUUUUCAUUCCCUACCGUGGUAUCCGUGCUUUGAGCUUUUUUAGAGAUUUAUAAGACAGUUGGGAUAGUUUGUACUAAAUAAAAUGGCUAAUGAAAAUAAAGAUUAAUAUUUCAUUGCAAAUUUAACGUGUAAUCUCUAUCUGUGAUGAUCAGCACGACUGGCAACUUAUGAAACCAAUGUGUAGCGAAAUACCCUAGACUUACAAUGGGUUGAAAAAGUAACUGUGUGCGGCGAUUACCUGUUCACUACAUAUAUUCGUAAUAUUGUUUACUUUCCAACAACCCAACACAGCUUUAAAUUGUUAUGAUGGAGUUAGAUGUUUCGCCAGUUGAAAGUAUGGAUUUGGAGUAUUCGGAAAAUUCGUCUGAUAAUAAGUAUUUGACUUGCAAUAAUAAUGAGCAAUAUACUGUUAUUCGUAUUCCACAAGACAGUGAAAAAUCCAGUAAACAUUCCUCUAAAAAGCAGUCGAAACGAAGAAAGAAAAGUUCCAAUCACUCUAGACCUCUACCUAGAAUUAUAGUGAAACCAUUACCCCCACCUCCACCUACUGAAAAUCGAGAAUGGACAGCAGCAUCAUGUGUAGAAUCAAACUCUUCAAAUAAGCCAUCAACUAUGCGAGAAGUAUUAGCAAGUAUACCAGGUUUUUGCCUUAAACCUAGAAAAAGAAGUAGUAAAAAGCUAUCAACAGCAGCUCAGUUACAGCAAACUAGGGAAGGCUGUAUAGAUUUAGAAACUCCAGACUCUAUACUUGUAAAUACCAACAUUAGAGCAUUAUUAAAUAAACACACAUUUUCUCUGCUACCCCCUCUGUAUCAAACUAAACUUGGACAAUUGCUUCCUAGUGUAGAUAGAAUAAGUUCUUCAGGUCGUUUAAGUUCAUCUAGUCUUAAUAAUGAAUUUUUUGCUCGUGCCUGCUUGGAAUGGCAAGAAAGUUUGUCUGGAGGAGAGUUUACUCCAGAAAAUCAACAAAAAAUGAAGACUGAAGCAGAAAGAGAAAAAACUAAAAUUGAUCCAUGGAAAAUAAAACAUUUUGAACCAUUUUGGGGUGAAAAGUCAAGGAAAGAAAAAUCUACAGUUAAUAUGAAUUCAGAGAGACCAUCUUUGAAAACCACAAUAAAACUAAGACCUACUGCUUCAAUCACUAGUAGUAGUACAGUACCUAAAGUAAAAAAAAGUAAAUCUUCUAGCAAUAGUAAGAGAAUGCGUUCUGUUGGAGCUGUUACACGGUCAUCUGCUAAGGCAGAGGAAAAUGAAGAUGAAUGCAAUAUGCCUCUUAAUAAUAAGCCUGUAGCUCCAGUACCUGACUUGCUACCACUUAAAUCUACUAAAAGUCAUACUCAAAGUUAUGAGGAAUGCCAAAUUGAUUUUAAUUUCUCAGAUUCAUCAGUAGCAAGAACUGAAGACACAAUUUCAACAACUCCAGUUGACCCACUCCUUAUACCUGAUAGUGAUAGUGUUUCUGAAAUGAAGCAAGAUUUAGAUAUGACUGUCGUAAAAAUAGAGGAAACAUCUAAGGACUUUGAAGAAGAAAAAUGUUGUGAUUCCAAUGUGUCCAACAGCAUCAAAAGGUUAAGUAGUAAUGAUGAUGAAUAUAAAUUCUCUAAAAGGUUGAAAUUCGAAGAUAAUAUUAAAAUAGCUCAAAAACAGAGUGAUAAUACUUUUCCAAAUGAUUUUCUUAAAGGAGAUAAAAGUUUUAGUAAUGAAUAUGCUAACUUAACAUUUUCAAAUAAAUUAAAGUUCAAUGUUGAAGUCACAGAUUCUCCUUUUCUUCCAAAUACUUUGCCAAGUACUGAGAAUACUGGCUCAGAUAUAGACAUUAAUGAGAAUAGUGAAGUAAUGUGUACUAGUGAUGACAAUGUUUAUCCUGAUCAAGAACCUGGGGACACCAAUAGUGAAGAUAGUAAAGCUACAAUAUCUGCUUAUGACUUUGAUGAACAAAGUGUAUCCUCUAUUUCUAGUAUAAAAAUUGAUGCUCACUUGGACACUAUAGUAAGUGAGCAAAAUGAAGAAAAACUCAAUUUUAAUACAGAUACAGAGCAUGAGGAUAGUGAAAGGAUUGAAAAAGACAAUUUGAAGGAGUCUAGUGAGAAUAAUGAAGAUGUUUGUGUACCUGAAAUUAAUGAAACAAAAUCAACAGGGCAUGGUUAUAAUCCAUCUUUGGAUACAGACACUAACUGUUCCUCAGAAGGAAAACAAAUGGUGGAAAAGGAAUUAUAUAACAUAGAGCUAAUAAAAGAUAUUGAGAAUAAGAGCCCUAAAGAAGAACACCUAGAAAUAUCUCAUGUAAAUAUGGAUGGAACAGAAGAAAAAUCUCUCGAAAAAUGCAAAGAUGUACAAGAUGCUCCAAACUAUUAUGAUGAACAUUUUAAGGAUGCAGAGUCAUUCAUAAUGGAGACUGGUGGGCUACCUAUUAUUGCUUCUCAAAAUGAAGAUGCCAAGUACAGUCAGUCUAAUUUUAUGGAACUGACUUCUUAUAUGAAUGAAUCAAAUGUAACAGCAGUAGUAACGAUGCCAAUUACACAAACAACAUCUUUACCAAUGAUGGAAGUUACAAACACAUCUAUGGUAUCAUAUCCGGAUGACUUACAAGACCCAGCAAAACCCAAGAGUUCUGCUAUACUAUGGAAGUCGGAAAACGAGUGGGUGAAUAAUGAAAAUAUUAUAACACUACAUAAUUUCUCUACUAUCAACAAUGACAGUGCUAAGUAUGUGAGUGAAGAUUCUAAGACUAGCAUUGAAGAUGUUCAUAUAAAUGAUGAGAAUUGUAUGUACAAAGAGGAAAGAGACGCAAAUUUUAACAUGGAAUCGUCAAACUCAUCAGAAAGCUGCCAGUCAAUGAAGGAGGUGGCCUUAAAGGAUAAUGAAUCGGCUCCUAGUGCAGUGUCGAGUACAACAGUGGCUAAUCAAUCCGUCAAUUCAACUACUGUCACUCAUUCGGUGAGAUCUGGCAAGAAAACGAAGUUAGGAAAAGAAUCUAACAGAAGCCGUAGUUCUAAUAAAGUUCCACCGGGUGCUGUGAAUCUAGAACGGAGUUACCAAAUCUGCCAAGCCGUGAUUCAGAAUAGCCCAAACCGUGAUGCUCUAAGGAGUCAGCUCAGGCCUCCACCGGCGCUCCUUACAAGGCCUAAUCGACAGCCUAGGCCUCCGCCCCCGGUUCUUGUGAGACAGGUCUCUAAUGCUGUCAUACAGCAUAAUGAGAUAAAUGAGAAUCGACCUAACAAUAUGGGCCAGUACAUUCUAGUUCAAAGGACACCAAAUGUUGCACCCCGAGCCUCAAGCGCUCCUCCCACUAAUCAAAAUAGCAAUAUAAAUGUAACUCGAUGUAGAAGCGUAGGCGCAGAAGAUUCGUGUGUAUGCAACCUACGGGCUAUGAUCCUAUGUAAGAAGUGUGGUGCCUUCUGUCAUGACGACUGUAUUGGAUCGGCAGAACUCUGCCUCACAUGUCUCAUACGUUGACCGCAAUAUAAGGGUUAUUCAUACCUUGGUUUCCAUAGCAACGUUGUCAAAAUUUGUUUUGGUGAUAUAGCUGUUAAAAAAGAUCCUUCGUUGAAACUUUUCGAUAGUUUCGUAAAGUAUUCGUAUAAAUAAACUAUACGAAACGUGAGUAACACGAUUUCCAAAUGUUUUAGUUUGCUAUAUAAAAAUUGAAAAGAAAAUUUGUGUGAAAUGUGUUAGUUCCAAAUGCGCCUAGAAACGCUCCUGAAGUUUUCAAAUUUUUUUAUUUAAUUAUAAAUUUGUGCCCAGCGAUCGUUUACUAUUUAUUACCUAUAUUCAUAAAAAAUAUAAAAUCAUCAUAUUCAAAAUAUGUUAGACAUUAUUCUAAAUGAUUAACAGAUUGUAUGUAACCAUUUUUUUCAUUUAAGUUAUGGCAGGGCACUUAUGAAAAAUUAUAUGAUUCGGAACACUAUUCGUAAUUGCGACGUAUCGUAGAUUUUGACUUAUGAACAAAUACGUUUUAUAUAUCAACAAUUCGUUACAAUUACGACUAGAAUUCUGCAUAUUGAAUCGGCUCGAGUUUUAUUAAUUUCGUAUUUGGAUUUGUUAAAAAAACGUGGACUAUCGUUAGCCUUGUUUGUUACCAUGGUAACGAUGUAACCCUUAAAAACCGUGACUAUAAUCUUUUUAGUCCAAGUUUUAUAAUCGAACGCUUGAUUUCAAAAUUUCUGUAUUUAUGAGCUAUUUUCCAAAAAUCUUUAUUUAACAUGUACUUGGAUAUUAAAAAAAAUUGCUUUUUGAUGCUCUCUAAAUUUUGUGUUGACGAGUGCGUAUUUCUAUUGUUAUAGAUAUCUGCUUAAUUAUUAUCUGUCUGUGAAAGAGAACCGGCGAGACAGUUAUGCGAACUAAUAAAAUUUUUAAUUACGCGUCAUUUUAUUUAUACACAAAAAGUAUUAGCGUAUGUAUUAUUAAGAUGAUUACGGUUAAACGACGUAAGUUUUUCCAACAUAGAAAAUAAACACUGCUGGUACCUCAACGAAGACGGUUCUCUUUCCAUAUAGACUACUCGCCCUAAAGAGAGCCUUAUGCCAUACACUAAUACAUAGUUAUGAUUAAGUAACAUUGGUCUGUAUUGCAAAGCCAAAUGAAAAAGUGGUUGUAUGAAUGGUGGUGCUAUGAAUGACCGAAAAAACAAUCCUUUUCGAGUAUAAAAGAAUUUGCAAAACAUUCAAUCCAAUUAAUGGAUUAACGAAAAAAACAUAGACACGUGAUUUCUGUCUGUGAGACAGAUUAAUUAUAUUUAUCGUUUAGUAUAGAUGUGCCGUGAUUUGAAUGCAAUAGAGAUUUUGGGCUAUAGAAUGUUGAGUGCAACUUGAAUAUAUAUAUAUAUAUUUAUACAUUUGGUAUACCUUACUAACUUGUGGAUAUACCACAAUACAAUAUUAAUAAACUGAAUGUUUAUACAAUGUGCACAACUGUUUUUGUAGUAAUAAUACUUUAUAGAAUAUCAGAAGGGAUAUAUUUAGAUAGUAUAGUUCUGAUAUUGAAUUAUGCACCUAAUAUUAGGUACAUUUAGAUCACAGUUUAAGUCUUUUGCCAUUAUUUAGUUAAGAAUCAUUAUUUCUAGCUUUGUUUCGUUAAGUCAGGUUGGGGGCGGAGACGUAGCGUACGCGAUUAGUGCACGUUAUUACAGAUAUAACCAUUGUGGGGGCGGAUUUAAAUUAAUUGGUUUUGUGUAUGACAUUAUUUUAAUUUUGAAAGGGUUUUGUUUGUGCAGUUUAAACUGCAUGUUGAAUACAAACAAAAUCAAAAUAACACAAAAAAAUCCGUCAUAAAAAACCUAGUUAACACAUAGAGUACGCCAUACCCCCGUACCUUAAUAUAUGAUUACAUUGAUUCACUUAUCCUUGAAAUUAUACUGAAAAUGCAGCAAAAAGAUACUGUGUCGCUCUAUUACUAGCUGUGUGAAAAGAAUAUAAUUUCAAUUCAAAUUGUAUCUGCGCUAAUAACUAUGCCUAAAUUUAGUGAUAUAAUAGAUUUGUUUAGGAUUUUUCUAUUUCGAAUAAUAUAAGUAUGUACAGAUAUUUAUUGUCUUGAGAAGGCUGAUGAGUGUAACAUCGGAUUUAAGUAUAAGUGUAGAGUUGAUCGGUUUGUUUACUAAAAAUGUAAUUAAUUUUUGCUGAGACCAGGUUCCAUAUUUUGUAUAUUUGUACUUUUAUCCUUUUUAAACACUAGAGAAAUUUGCUCACUACAUAUAAAAUAGCAUAAUUAAAUAUAAAUACAAAGGUCUAUUUUGACAUGGAUGUAGCCUGGUUUUAUAUUAUAAAAUACCCCAUUGCACGUCGAAUUUAUUUCUGUUUUGUAGUUUCAUUAUCAGAUAGCGCCAACUUCAUGACUGUGUGCAGCACAAUGAAACAAAAAAACUUUAGCAGGCAGCCAAAAUCGAGUCAGUCAUAAAGAUUGGUGUUUCUGAAGUAAUAAUUUAAUGCACAAUUAUUUAAGGUGUAAAUUAAAUACUUUUUAAUACAUUGAGUAUUUCAAUAAAUAUGAUUUACUUAUAUGAAAGGUCUAAGCAUUUACUAUUUUAAACAUUUUGGUUAAAAACAAUUGGGCAGACAUCUGCUAUAUCUCAGGCCUCUUACAAUUCAUAUUAUAAUUUUUAUUGUACUCUUAAUUUUCAAGUUUUCUGUUUACUUUUAUAUUGCUUAGGUCUUUGUGAGUACUAAUGUUUCGGAAAGACUGAAUCUGAAAAAAAUAACCUACAUUUGGUGCAACCAUUCAACGUUUUCAUUCAUAAUUCAAUGUACAAAAAUCACAAGUGUUAUUUAUUGGUAAUUAAUUUUAAGCUAAGCUCUUUCUUAUUAAAAAUUAUGUUCUUUACAAUAAUUGAGUUUUAUUAA